CUCCCCUCACCCCCAGCAGAGCAGCGUUGAUAAAAGAGCCGCUGUCAGCCUUUGACGUCAGUCACUUGCUCGAUUUAAACUAUCAAAGAUGGCGGCAGGCAGUGAGUGGAGAGGGUCACAAAUCUGUCGUCGUGGCGGCGGCGACGACGUUGAAGGUGAUACCACCAACGAAGAUGAGUCCGGUAGCCAGGAGGCUGUAAUGAAUUCAGACGAUGUUCCCAUGAAAGAGGCAAGACCGAUACAGGUGGUGUUGGCACAUGAAGAUAAUCAUCAUUUUGAUCUCGAUGAAAAAUCCUUGGAACGACUUCUAUUGCAGGAACACAUUCGGGACUUGAAUGUUGUCGUUGUCUCUGUGGCAGGAGCAUUUCGUAAAGGCAAAUCAUUUUUGUUGGACUUCAUGCUGCGAUACAUGUACAAUCAGAAUCCUGGUACGUGGCUGGGUGGAGAUGAUGAGCCGUUGACUGGCUUUACUUGGCGAGGUGGAUGUGAGCGAGAAACUACUGGUAUACAAGUUUGGAGCGAAGUUUUUGUAAUCAACAAAUCUGAUGGAAGCCAGGUUGCAGUGCUUUUGAUGGAUACUCAGGGGGCCUUUGACAGUCAGUCAACCAUAAGAGACUGUGCUACAGUGUUUGCUCUCAGCACUAUGACAAGUUCUGUUCAGGUAUACAAUUUGUCUCAGAACAUUCAAGAAGAUGAUCUGCAACAUUUGCAGCUCUUCACAGAAUAUGGCCGACUGGCAAUGGAGGAAGUGUAUCAAAAACCUUUCCAGACUCUUAUGUUUUUGAUAAGAGAUUGGAGUUAUCCCUAUGAACAUCCAUAUGGGUUGGAAGGAGGCAGGAGUUUCUUGGAAAAACGGUUGGAGAUAAAACAAAACCAGCAUGAAGAGUUGCAGAAUGUGAGGAGACAUAUUCAUUCCUGUUUUGCCAAGAUCACCUGCUUCCUAAUGCCACAUCCAGGUCUGAAAGUUGCCACAAAUCCUAGUUUUGAUGGAAGAUUAAAAGAUAUUGAUGGUGACUUCAAGAAGGAGCUCCGCAAUGUAGUGCCAUUUCUACUGUCCCCUGAAAAUUUAGUAGAGAAGGAAAUCGGGGGGUCCAAAGUGACUUGUCGAGAUCUUGUUGAGUAUUUCAAGGCUUACAUCAAAAUUUACCAAGGAGAGGAACUACCUCAUCCAAAAUCUAUGCUACAGGCAACAGCUGAAGCCAACAAUCUAGCUGCUGUGGCAGGAGCGAAAGAUGUCUACAAUAAAGCCAUGGAGAUGUUCUGUGGGGGGGAUAAGCCUUACAUCGCACCAGCAGACCUGGAGCAACAACACUUGACCUUGAAAGCAGCUUCUAUCAAGCAGUUUCGAUCCAUCAAGAAAAUGGGUGGGGAAGAGUUUUGCCAGCGCUACCAAGAGCAACUCGAGCAAGAAAUGGAUGAGAAUUACACAAACUUUGUAAAGCACAAUGACAGCAAAAAUAUCUUUUAUGCUGCCCGCACACCUGCCACGCUUUUUGCUGUGAUGUUUACCAUGUACAUAAUCUCAGGAGUGACUGGAUUCAUUGGUUUGAACUCGAUAGCUUCUUUAUGCAAUCUUGUGAUGGGAAUGGCUUUAAUAUCCCUCUGCACCUGGGCUUACACUAAGUAUUCUGGUGAAUUCAGAGAAUUCGGAACAAUCAUUGAUCAAGUGGCUGAAACUAUAUGGGAGCAGGUAUUAUGCAAGCUGUUCACUUCAGCUCGAAAUAGAGUGGUACAUCGUUCUAUUACAUCAACACUGAGACUUUCGUCAAACAACAACAACAAGAAGAAAAACUAGCUGUUGCGCUUUAACCAUCUGUUCUUUUUUGGGGGGGUGAAAGUGUGGACAUUUACAAACUGGUCAGGGCCAUGCUGUGUAACCGGCUGUAAAAUGUACACAGCUAAUUCAAUAAUGUAGGGUGCAGAACUGCUCAUUUCUUUCUAACUGACUGUUAAGAGGGCAGGCAGACCCGCUUGAGGAAGAAUUGUGGUAAAUGCAUCUUGAUUCAGACUAUUAAUUUUAUGAUUUUAUUUUUUAUAUAUAAAUCAUGUAUUACCCAAUGUAUUACAUACCAGAAUAGCGCAGACUGCCAUGGUCCAGCAUGUUUUCCACUUAACAUUCUUUUUCGCUUUAAUGCACAGGGCUGAACAUACUUUUCCAUUCCAUCUUUCCUUAUCAUUCCUUUCCAUUCAACAUUCUUCUUGUAACUAUUCUGCAACUAUUUAAUGGGAAAAUAUUUCAUGGACAUGGUAUUACUGUUCUCUUUUUGUUACUAGCAUGUUGUUGGUUACCCCAUUUUAAGUCUCCCUUUCUUUCUUUUAACAUUCCCAUAUUACAGGUGUUGAAGCCACUGAGUGACAAUUUGAUGGAGGACAACAUAAGACAAACUGUAGCAAACUCCAUCAAAGCAGGUUUGACUGAGCAGGGCUCCCAACAUACCAAAUUAAAGACAAACUGACAAUCCCUUGUCUGGUUCUAUUGCUGUCAAGUGCUUGCUGUAGGUUACGGACUUUGAAUCAGUUUAAAAUUAGUCUACGUAGAUUUUGAAGUGAAAGGCCCGACUUCACUGGACACUGCCAAAAAGGUCUGAAGAAAGAAGAAGGAAAUGUUCCUGGAGAUGAUUUUUCAGUGGGUAGGUAGUUACAUUAAAAACAAGAUGGUUCAGGGGUGUGUAACAUUUGUAAUUUGAAUGUUGACACAAGAACACUAGUCAAAUUUCCUUUUCAGGUCUCCUUUUAUGUCAGUGGAUUUGUGUGUGAGAGGCUGGUUUGCACUGUAGUAUACUGUACAGAUAAAUCAAUGGGAUCAUUGAGGUAGCCAUGCAUAGUUGAGCUUGAAAUGAGCCAGUUUAUUUUUUAUGUUAAUGCUUUGCUUGUACCAGUAUUACACAUUGCAUGAAUCCAAACUACACAGUCCUCUGGAUUAACUUAAGAGAGCAGAAUUACUGUUAGCUGGGGGUAAUUGAAGCUUGCCUUGCCUUUUUCCUGAAAGCAGUCCUAGAACAGUGUGAAUCAGUGACAGUCAAACUGCUGGGAGGUUUUACCAUUUCACCACUGCCACUUGAGUCCAUCCAAUAUGCCUUUUUUUUGAGGGGGAGAGAGGGGGAAACCAUCCAAAAAGAACUGUUGCCCGUAGCUAUCAGUUAGCAUUGUCUGUACAGUGCAUUUAUUUUUUUUUAAAUUUUAUUUUCUAUCAAAUCAUAGAGGUGGGGCAUGUAUAUUAAAUAUAAAUAUAUAAAUACCAAAUUUUGUAUCAAAGUUUUUGUAGUUAAUGGCAAAAUCUGGUACAGUGGUAGGCUCCGUGCAGUUUAUGUAAAGGAAUGUUAUUUGUGAUUGAUGUAAACAUAAGUGCACCAAAUUUGAGGUUUUGAUAUAUUUGUGAUAUUACCUGCCUUGAGCACUGCAAUCCCACCCCUUAUGGCAAAGCAAUGGGAAUGUUAGUUGUGGAAUUUGGUUGUCUUCUGUUGCAUUUUAAAGUUAUUUCCUGUAAUUUAUUUUUCAAUACACAAUUAAAGUACUCUAUGAAA